UAAAAUUUCAUUCGUUGUUCGUGUGUGUUAUAAGAUUGACCAAAAACCAAUAUUGAAGUUGAAGACAAGUAACUAGUUGAGCUAAGUGAUCGUCUACACCGUUUUAAUGCCACGAUGAGAAGUGUUGAGGUCCUUGCCAUUAUUGGAUUGGUGUCUUCAAUUCACUCUGGUAACUAGUUGAGCUAAGUGAUCGUCUACACCGUUUUAAUGCCACGAUGAGAAGUGUUGAGGUCCUUGCCAUUAUUGGAUUGGUGUCUUCAAUUCACUCUGGAUUAUGUGCCAAACCCAUAGAACCUUACUACGGAAGAAAAAUAGGAAACUUAGUCGAAUUCGCCCACGGUAUAAAAGGGACUGCAUACGCGGUAGAUGAGAGUACGAUAUUCAUCAAAGGAUUUUAUUAUGACGGUACUGGUCCAGACGCUUUCUUCUGGAUCGGCAAUUCUCCAAGGCCUAGUCCAGAGGGAACAAUCAUACCAUAUCCGGAAGACUACAAUGGCAGGGAUCCACCGGUAUUACGGGCUUACAACAACACUGACAUAAUCCUCCGACUGCCAAUGGGAAAAAGAAUUAGGGAUAUCCGAUGGCUGUCUGUCUGGUGUAGACGGUUCACGGUAGAUUUUGGCGAAGUAUUUAUUCCUCCCAACUUAGAAGUGCCCAAACCAAGGGUCCUUCCAGAAUUCAAGCGUUUAGCUCAUGGCCUUCGAUCUGACAAUAUUAGUAUUUUAGAUGCAAAGACUUUUUAUAUACCCAAUUUGCAUUAUGACGGAGCCGGCCCUGAUGCCUAUUUUUGGGUAGGAAAUGGGUCGGAACCCACCUCGUUUGGAAUCAAAGUGCCCAACGAAAUGGGAUCGCUAGAACCUUUAAGGGGUUAUCAAGGUGAAGAUAUAGAAAUUCAACUUCCUGGUUUAUUGACAGUGUACGAUAUCGAUUGGUUAGGAAUAUGGUGUGUCCAGUACAGACACAAUUUUGGCCACGUUAACAUACCCAAAGAUUUGGAUGUACCGCCCGCUCUUGGGCAGACUAAGGUCUCUCCUCCUUGGUGGUAUAAUCCGACGAGUACUACGCCAAGAACUUCACCUCCUGCAAACUGCCGAGAAUUUUUGGACAAAAGAUUACAAGUUAGAUGGAAAAUCGAAGAUGAGUUUGUGGAUAUAAGUCUUUCAGCAAAAAUACCUGAAAAUCAGUACAUAGCAUUUGGAUUAUCUGGAGCAUCAGGAAGACCACAAAUGGUUGGCGGAGAUGUCAUAGUGGCUUUCUACGACGCCGACGAUGGUACCUUCCAUGCUGUAGAUUACUACAUUUCCCACACUGCUCAAUGUGAUGGUAGGCAAGGAGUAUGUCCCGAUGAGCGUAUUGGAGGAAGAAACGAUGCUACACUGAUAUCAGGAUCUAGAGAAAACGGAAUUACUACUGUGAAGUUCAGAAGACCUUUGAAGACAAACGAGGCAAUUAAUGAUCAACCAAUCCCACUUGAAGGUGAAGUAUCUGUCAUCGCAGCUUUUGGACCUCUAAAUUCGUUAAAAGAAGCCAACGCUCAUACAGUCACUGACAAAACAACAGAAGACUUUAGAAUAGAUUUCAGUAAUUUCGAUGAUCAUGACUGUACAGUCAAUUUAGAAGAUUUGGGCGUUGCAAGUGGGCCUUCCGUCUGGCCUCCUGCAAAAUUAAUAGGUCAAACAACUUUUCACGCAAAGUUGGGUCCAACUGGAGGUAAAAGGGGCUAUACACCCAUAACGAAGCAGCCAUCUUGGGGUAUUGCGUGGUACAUCAAUGACCUUCUUAUUCCGGAACUAACUUUGGAAAGAGGUCAAACUUAUUUGUUUGUUGUGGAAGGCGGAGAUGAGCCUAGUAAUCCUGCAAGGUACCAUCCGUUCUACAUAACUGAUUCCAAAGAGGGAGGAUUCGGUCAAAAGUCGGUAGAAGAACGAAAGAAGCAAAAGGUAUUUGCAGGAGUAGAAUAUGACAACGAUGGAUACGCGUAUCCGUCUGUAGCUGGAAGAUACUGCGAAUGGACCCAUAAAGGUAUAGACAAAUCGGCAGAAUCUGAAACUUUUGAAGAAUUUACGAAGACGUUACGGCUAGAAUGCGAUAAUGGCGAAGCAGCGUAUUUGAAUUGGACGGUCCCGAUGGAUGCGCCUGAUUUAUUGUAUUAUCAAUGUUACACGCACAAUAACUUAGGAUGGAAAAUACAUAUCGUAGAACCAGGAUACAUAUCUCAACAUAAUAGCAAAUUAAGCAAUUUGAUUAGGACUCCGAUUGCUUCCAUUGUUUUCUCUUUAUUAGUAACAAUCACGAUAAGCAACAAGGUAGCGUUCUGGAACCUGUAACGAAAAUUUUCAGUA